CCGAUGACUUAUGUCUCGAGGUAUUCGGUAUGCGAAUAGUUGUGUCACCGCACGAAAAAUCAUCUUUCUUUUCCACGACAAGCCUCAGAUCAGGAAGGAUGUGAGGGAAUUUUCUACAGAAAAUAAGUUUUUUUUGGUUGCACUUCGCUCCGGCAGAGCAUUAUAAUAUGCCACAACUCCCAUCAACAGAAUGGGCAUAAAAUUUGAACCCAUGAUAACCACAUGGUAAGUUGAAACUUCAGGCGAGGGAACUCGUAUUCUGCUUUAGUAUUUCGUGCGCUUGACAAGGUUCUUUUGUUUCAGGGUUCUUUAGGUUAAGCCUAGCUUAGGCUCUUUUAUUUUUUUAUUUUAAAUGUUCACUCCGCGAUGACCUAAAAGCCACAAUCUCAGCAACCUAAAGAUGCUUCGAGCCACGAGGACCUAAACACGUGGACUCCAGCCAGGACUAUUGCCUGUGUACCCGGGGUGUGGAAGUUGCCCAUUGCCUUACGAAUACCAUCAUCCAGGGGAUGUGACACGUGUGACCAGACCGCCCGUUGAUGAUUGGAUACCGCAUGGACAACUCAGACUGAUUAACCGGGUAAUAUUAACCCAUUUUGUAGGCUCAUUUAAGGGUAGAAAUUUAACUUAUAUGCUGAAUUUAAAUUAACAUUCUUGGUUAUGUAAAACUGCAUUAAAUAUGUGACAAUUGAAUAAAUGGAUGUGAACAUUUAAUGUGUGGACAUUUUUAUUCCAUCUGAAAUCGUUUGCUACUGUGUGCAUGGCGCCUCUUAAAUAAGUUUUGCACACAGUACUCCAGGCACGGUCUUAACAAAACCCGCUCCCUAUUAACUUCUCAAAUUCUAGCCGACUGUUUCAAAUUAUCCGUAGCCGGGAAAAACCCAUUACAGUGUCGUACCCAACGUUUGGCCUGGAGAUUUCAGAUGAAAUAAAAUUGAAUAUUAAAUUUUUUUUUUUCUUUAGUGGGUAACUUAAAUUAUUUUUUUGUAUAACUUACUUUUUCAUAAAGGAAGCUCAUAAACUUACCUUAAAUAUAUUCUUUAGGCACCUAUUUAGGUCUAGCCUACCUAAUAUUGGAAUUCUUUCCAUUUUGUCUCCGUUGUCUCUCGGAGAAAAUAUUUUUUUGUUUAGGUACCUCCAUUAAAGGUUAGCCUACCUGAUUUAAGUGUAUUAACUGUACUUAGUUAUAUACUGUAUAAUAUCAUACUACUAAAGACUAUUGUUUAGCUUUAGAAUUUAAGUUUUUUUUUUGUUGUGAAACUUGUAUAAUCAUACAACAUGGAUUUCAUUACAGUUGGUUGUCCAGUUGAGUACCUACAUAAGGACGAACUGUUACAUGAGCUGUCUAUAAGGCACUUACCUGCGGAAACAACCUCAUCAACGGACGAUCUGCGAAAACUCCUGCGUCACACCUGCAAAUUGGCCCGACGAGGUAGUGUGAAGGCAAUGGACAAUUUCACCAUCGACCAGUCGUCUGAGGUAGCCAUAUGUACUCCCAAGGUUGCUGAGAUUGAGGCAAGCAGUAAGGAUUUAACAUCCAGUGAGCGCAUGGUUAAGCGGUUAGUAGCUCGGUGCAAUUAUUUACUAUGUCGUCUUUCGAGGAUAAGCAAUCCAGAGGAUGGAAUUGCAAAACUAAAAUCUUCUCUUAUUUGCAUUCUCAUGCAUCUGGAAAGUGAUAGUGAUGAACCCGAGGAAACGGGGGAAUCUUUCUCUACACCCGAGAAGGAAGUUGUUGAAACUGUUCAGGUUGUUCAGCAGCUCUCUCCGAAGGUCUAUAAUUUGAAUUCUUUCAAUUUAAAGUAUCGCGGCGAUUCUUGUGUCCGUGUAUUCUUAACUCGAUUAGAGGAACUUAGGGUUGCUCGUAAGGUUCCCAAAGAUGUGAUCUUUGAUAGUUUUCCGGAUAUAUUGGAAGGUCCUGCUUUGUAUUGGUUCAGGGCCAAUAAAUCCAAAUUUCAGUGCUAUUCUGAAGUAAUUAAAUUACUAGACGAAGAUUUUGAUAUUCCUGACUUGGACUAUCUGCUGUUGUGUGAGAUACGGCAGCGGACCCAAGCAAAAUUUGAAUCGAUUGUUAUGUUUUUGUCCGUCAUCAUAGGCAUGUUUUCUCGUUUAAAGAAACAUGUCCCUGAGGACGAACAACUUGAUAUUAUCUUGAGAAAUAUCCGGCCUGAAUAUAUUAUGGCAUUAGCUCUGCAUGACAUAACUUCUAUAAUGCAAUUGAAAUUUUUAUGCAAGAAACUUGAACUGGCUAAGGCCAAAGCUAGUCAAUUUCAUGAACCAGUAUUGAAAACUGACUCAUUUGCACCUGAUUUUAACUAUUUAAAUUUAAAAACCAAUGUAUCAAAAUUUAAAAAUCAAAAUGGAAAUAAUAACCAUAAAAUAAAUUCUUUGAAAACAAUUACAAAUAAAAACAUUAAAUUAAAUUGCUUUAGAUGUGGUUUGAAAAAUCACGACACUAGUGAAUGUCAAAAGUCUAGGAAAGUAGUUUGUUUUAAGUGUGGUAAAAGUGGCGUUCGCAUUUUGAACUGUCCCAAAUGUAAUCCGCCAAAACCAAAUAUUAAACUUAAUAAACAUUCCAAUAAAUUUGUUUCUAAUUUUGAGGCUAUCAACAGGAAAGGUAAAGGACCUGCCCUGUCUAAUGAGCCAAUAAUAAAAAUAAAUUCAAUGACUAAUUCUCAAAUGAAUAGUGGCUUUAAAAGCCCUAAAAUAUUUAGUUUGCCUAGUAAGGACAAAAGUAAAAAGUCCCAAAAUAGAAAUACACAUUAUUUUAAUAAGCGUAAGUCUAAGGCUGACCUUCUUCGAGUAGGGCAACUAGUUUACAAAAAGUGUUUUCCUCAAUGUAAUGCUGUAAAACAUUUCACUUCCCAACUAGUUCCCAAGUAUGAAAAAAGUGUAGUUUCUGAUGGGCACCCUUCUUUAAUAUCUACUUUGAAAUCACCAUCAGGUGAAAACAUUGACCAGGGGCACAUAAGUAAUUUAGUGCAACCCGGUGAUUCAGUUACCUAGUAACUGUCUGGUGUAAGUGUGUUAUAUUCAUAUAUGUAGGUGGGGACAUUCCAUUUCAUGUGUUCUUUCCACCACUGCAUAACCUAAAAUAUACAGGUUUAUGUAUAACACACCAUAGUCGCCAUAAUUAAGUUAUCCCUAAUAAAGGAAAACAAUAUGUUGUCUUAUAUUUUUACUUAAUUUAGUUAGAGUAUACAUAGGUAUAGGUAUUAACUGAGUGACAAUAUGUUCUCUCAAAUAGAUUAGGUAAAUCUGUAUUCAAUGACUGUUGGUUACAAUACAUCUCGAAUUUAAGUUAUUAAGAAUUAUAAAUAUAACUACAAUAGGUUGUAGGAAAAAGUUUAAAAAGGUAACUUUGAUAUUUAUAGUUAGUAUUUCCCUUUUUGUUGGGCCUGAUCUUGGCAUAGCCCACAGGUAAAUGACUAGUAGUCAACCUUUUUAUUUCCACUUCCAUUCCAUUUCCAAUUUAUUUCAAAUUCCAUUUUCCACGUUCCCUAGUAGGGCGUGAACGUCAAGCACGUAGUCUGCCCAUGGCAAAGGCGUCUUCGACGGCUAGCAAAAAGCUUUUGUAGUAGCAUAGGUAGUGUACACUAUAGUUAAUGUGUUCCUACAGCAACUGUAUAGUUGUAAUGCAAAUGCACUCAUAAGUGUAAAGCACUCUUUAGUGUUACUUUAUUACUUUUUCCCUAGUAAAGGAAAUGAUAGAUUAUUAUCUGUUUAAUGAGUAAACUUUAAUAUUUACACACUCUCUCCACACUAUAGGAUAGUGAGUUUAGUGUAUCCUUUAAAUAAAUUAUUUAGUUAAUUAAAAUAAUACUUAUCAAAUAAGAUCUGAACUUGCAUUUAGUUUAGUAAUCUCACCUUG